CCUACCUUUAAUUUGGCUCACACAAUGUUACCUGGUGAACAAACGUGCACGUAGAAGUGAGCCUCUUACUUGUAUUGGUGUAUUAAAUAAAGAAAAAAACUUGCGGAGAGCUUACACAAAUACAAAUAAUUUCAAGUGCAAAUUAGUGUCUUGAAAAAAUGUAGAAAGCAAAAAUAAAAUAAAUAAAAACAUAAGUUUACGCUGUUGCGAACACAGAGGACCCAUUUAAGAUUACGACAAAGUGAUACCACGCAGUGACAUAGAAAAAAUCUACCUAGUUUGUUUGCUGUGCAGAUUUGAUAGCAAUAAUAUACGUUUCAGAUAGUAAUGAAACAGGGAAGUGAUGAUUCUGUUGAGGAUAUUAAGUUUGUUCUUCAUCACCUUGGCGAACUCCGACCUGUUGGAAUUCGAUGACAGUUCCAAUGAAGUUUGUUUAAUAUGCAUUUGUAAUAUGGACAAAACGAGUGUGGACUGUUCACGGAGAGGAUUGACAGAUGUUCCUGAAGGAAUACAUACUAAGGUUAAGAAACUCAACAUGUCAAAUAAUGAAAUAUUUUCAUUUCCGAAAAAUCUUAAAAGGCUGUACAACUUAAAUUCUUUAGAUCUCAGUGGGAAUCAACUCAGUGAAAUACCGGAAGAAGCAUUUAACAAUUUAACUGCACUUGAAGUUUUAAACUUAUCGAGAAACCAUUUUGAAUCGUGGCUGCAAAUAAAUCCGAACGAGGUUCUACAACCGAUGACUAAUUUGAAAAUUUUGGACCUGUCUUUUAACAAAUUUGGAACAAUGGGCAACCUGGCAAAUCAAGAACUUCUUAUAAGUCCUUCACUUGAAACACUAAUUUUAGACAACUGCGAAAUAGAGUCAGUUCAUGGACGAUCCCCAUUAAGCGGUCUUAUUAACAUUAGAGUUUUCAAAUUAAAUAAUAAUCCAUUGAUAGGGUUCCAAAAUCUAAUUUCACCAACACUUAAGAGCUUAUAUGUAAGUAACUGCCGUCUUAGCUAUAUAAGUCCGAAUGAGUUAUCGUACUUACCUUCGUUGGUCUAUUUGAAAAUGUCUCAUAAUUAUCGCCUGGAAUUGUCAUCAACUGUCAAUUCAUUGUUUUCGGUUUCACUUCGAUACUUGGACAUAUCGUAUUGUAAUAUAAAUCAACCUAGCUUAAAAGGCUUCCCAAACUUGAGAAAGGCUAUCAUAAAUCACAAUAUGAUUAGAUUCUUAUCAAGCAAUGAAUUUAAUAAUAACACAAAACUGGAACAUCUUGAUCUAUCUUAUAACAAUGUAGCCUCUGUGAUGGGAGACACGUUUCGUGGUCUAACAUCAUUAAAAUUUCUCGAUCUAUCUUGGAAUCAAAUUGCACAUAUACCAGAAAAUUCUUUAGUGGAAAUGCCAGCACUUACACAAAUUAAAUUGGCGAGAAACUACCUUACAAGGGUAGGACACCUAAAAUCCACCUCUCUAGCUAUCAUUGAUAUGAGCUCUUGUGAGAUUAAUCUACUAGGAAAGGACUCACUGGAAGGACUACCAUCUUUAGUGGACCUAGAUUUAUCACAUAAUCUUAUCUCAUCCAUACCAGAAAGCAUUUCAUCAAAUACUCUAAAAUAUCUUAAUCUUAAUUACAACAGACUGAGUUCCGUGAAUAACUUUACGUUUUUUAUGCUACCACGCCUAACUGGCCUCGGGGUGAUCGGAAAUAGAUUUACAACAAUAUGGAGUCGAUUUUACUUUCUAUCAAACCCAUAUCUAGAAAGACUUGAUCUAAGUGACAAUUUAUGGCGAUGUGAUUGUGAGGAUGAGAAUAUGUUUGAUUUUUAUGAAUAUGUUACGCUGGAACCAAACAAAAAGGAAGAGUCAUAUAGUUUAAUAUGUCACAGUCCUAACAAUGUUGUAGGCCAAACAUGGCUAGAAGCAUGUUACUUCACUUGGAAUCCCAGUGAAAGAGGACCAAAUCCAAAUAAUUUGGUUUGGUUCAUUAUUGUAAUGAUUGUAGGAUUAGCACUAUGUUUACUGUUAAUAAAUGGGAUUAAGAGUUCGAUGAAUCGUCGUCUUGCAACAAUACAAGCUGAAAGAGAGCGCCAGAUUGAAGCUGCUAGAGACCGGCUAAGGCAGAUUCGAUUAAGAGCAGAACAAGAAGCUUUAGUAAAUACACCAGAUCCCAGAGAUUUGAUUGCACCUCCCACCUACGAUGAGGCUCUCUCUAUGCCUAAGUUAAAUGUUUCUUGUCACUCACUGAAUGAGACCGGUUCUGGUAAAGGUAGAAGGAAAAGAGGUCGUCGAAAAACUAAAUCCAGUGGCGAUCUGCUGGAAGAAACUGAAAGGGAUAUUCAAGAAUCUGAAUUAGAAUUAACAGAAGUGCCAGAUGAUAGACGACGCCGACGUCGUCGACGAUCCAAGAAAUAUGGAAGUCACGAGAUAGCUGAGUAUGAUCAAUCUCCAGGUGUAAGGAGAAGGCUCAUGUCUGACCAUGGCACUGUAGACGACAGUGUCAUAGUGCAAGUCGAGGCCGAAUUAGAAAACCCAGUGCAUUCGAGAAAUCGCAGACACUCUGUAGACGAAGUACCAACCGAAAGUAAUUUUUAAGUGUAUUUCUAUAAUCGUAAUGAUUCAGUCACUAGUUUUUAUAUAUUAUGUGUAAAUAGCAUUAGUAUUUAAAUUUAUAUUCUGUAUUAAUUAUUUUUGAAAUGUAUUUUGUAAUAAAUAGCGCAGUAAAACUUGUUUUCAA